UUAAAUUUUAGAACACAAACAAACAAACACCCCAUGAAAGUUCAUCAAAGCUGCUACACACGUAUACAUCUAGAGAGAGAAAAUUAAGAAAAAAAAGAGAGAGAAUGGAUAAUAAUUUGCCACUGGGUUUUCGUUUCUACCCAACAGAGGAAGAACUGAUUUCUUUCUAUUUAGUUAGCAAACUAGAUGGAGCAAGACCAGACCUGGACCGAGUUAUACCAAUUCUUGACAUUUACGAGAUGGAUCCAUGGCACCUCCCACAGUUCACUGGAGAGCUGUGUCUUGGAGACCCAGAGCAAUGGUUCUUCUAUGUGCCAAGACAAGCGAGGGAAGCCCGUGGAGGAAGAACGAGUCGAACAACCGGUUCUGGAUACUGGAAAGCUACAGGCUCUCCUGGCUAUGCCUACUCUUCAGGGAAUCGGAUCAUUGGAAUAAAGAAAACCAUGGUUUUCUAUAAAGGAAAAGCUCCUACUGGAAGGAAAACUAAGUGGAAGAUGAACGAGUAUAGAGCUAUUUUAGGAGAAGCCUCUUCUUCAUCCAGUAGCGCAACUCCAAAUCCAAUUUUACGGAACGAAUAUAGUUUGUGUCGGGUGUACAUAGGUACCGGGUGCUUGCGAGCAUUUGAUCGACGGCCCUCCGGCGCCACCACAAUCGAGAUGGCAAUGCAGGUACACCAAACUGUUUCUGGAGCUGGGACGACCAGUGGAAGUAUGGACAUGGCCACCACAUGUCACCAUCAGAUUAACCCUCCAAAGAUGGAGAAAAGUAGCUUACAUGACAGUUCAUCCUCAGGGGGAGACGAUGGUCAUCUCCCUGAUCAGACUAGUGAAAGUACCUUUUGGGAGAUCUCUGAUGAUGCUCUUCAUUCCCUAUUAGAAUGGAAAAAAUCUAACUGGGAUUAGGCUUAUAGUGUUGGAAAUUUUAAAUCGCUGGAAAUGUAAAUAUUUUAACUAAAAAGCUGUUUGUUUUGGGGGUCUUUAUUGGUACUACCAAUAAAUUAUUCUGAAUUCAGAUUCUUAGGUAUCUCUAAUUGGAAAUUUCAAUGAUAUUGCCACUUUUGUAUUGUC